AUGAGUGCACAAGUUGACAAAAAGAAUUCCCUUAUGGAAUCAUUCAUAAACAACAGACCAUCUCUCUGCAUAUCUACAACUACAAUAGAUUCCGAAACUCUUAUACCACCACCCAUUCAUUUUACGACGACAAUACAUGAUCCACCUAUGCAAAUUCGUCAAGAUGCUUCUCAUUUAACUUCACAAUAUCUUCAACCAAAUUUAAAAUAUUAUUCCUUAGAUAUAAAUGACAGUGGCGAAAUCAAUACCCUUAAUUUAGAAAAAAAUUGGUCUUUACUUGAUGAUAUAAACCUUUAUCACAAGUUAAUUAAUAAUAAUUCAAAUGUAAAUAAUAAAAAUGAUCAGGAAGAGAAAAUCGCAACAGAACAAAGAGAAAUUUUGAAAGAAAAGGAAUACUUAAAACCUUUCCUAAGUCCUUAUGAUACAUCAUGGGUUCCUGAGCCAUUCUCUUCAAGUCCAAUAUUAUCCAAAUUUUCUUUCUUCGAAUCCGAUGAAAGCGGUUCACCUUCUAAACUUAAUAGCAGUAAGAGAAAAGUUAGAUUCGCCUUACCAACAUCAAUUACAUCACAAAGUGACGAAUCACAAUUCGCAUCAUCUUCUAAUCCAGAAGCAUUAUCAAAUGUUAAUAUAAAUUUUGGUUUAACAAAUAGAAAAGGAGAAGUAUUUAUACCUAAAAAUAAAUUGAAAACAUGGAAAGAAUUAUGGUCGAUGCCUUGGAAAGAUGAAGAAACGAAGCGAUUUACUAAAAAAUUCUGGUUUACGUUUUCCGUUACUAUUUGUGUGGUCUUAUUAUUAACGGUUAUUGGAAUAUGUAUAUAUGCUGUAUUUUCUCCAAAAAUGUUCAAGAAAGACUUAUCAAAUGACAUUUAA